AUGAGUUACGAGGACCUGCACCAGCACACAUCUGCCUUCACUACACCAGUAGUUACUGUCACCUUCACUACACCAGUAGUUACUGUCACCUUCACUACACCAGUAGUUACUGUCACCUUCACUACACCAGUAGUUACUGUCACCUUCACUUCACCAGUAGUUACUCUCACCUUCACUACACCAGUAGUUACUGUCACCUUCACUACACCAGUAGUUACUGCCGCCUUCACUACACCAGUAGUUACUCUCACCUUCACUACACCAGUAGUUACUGCCGCCUUCACUACACCAGUAGUUACUGCCACCUUCACUACACCAGUAGUUACUGCCACCUUCACUACACCAGUAGUUACUGCCACCUUCACUACACCAGUAGUUACUGUCACCUUCACUACACCAGUAGUUACUGCCACCUUCACUACACCAGUAGUUACUGUCACCUGCACUACACCAGUAGUUACUGUCACCUUCACUACACCAGUAGUUACUGCCACCUUCACUACACCAGUAGUUACUGUCACCUUCACUACACCAGUAGUUACUGUCACCUUCACUACACCAGUAGUUACUGCCACCUUCACUACACCAGUAGUUACUGUCACCUUCACUACACCAGUAGUUACUGUCACCUUCACUACACCAGUAGUUACUGCCACCUUCACUACACCAGUAGUUACUGCCACCUUCACUACACCAGUAGUUACUGCCACCUUCACUACACCAGUAGUUACUGUCACCUUCACUACACCAGCAGUUACUGCCACCUUCACUACACCAGUAGUUACUGCCACCUUCACUACACCAGUAGUUACUGCCACCUUCACUACACCAGUAGUUACUGCCACCUUCACUACACCAGUAGUUACUGCCACCUUCACUACACCAGUAGUUACUGCCACCUUCACUACACCAGUAGUUACUGUCACCUUCACUACACCAGUAGUUACUGUCACCUUCACUACACCAGUAGUUACUGCCACCUUCACUACACCAGUAGUUACUGCCACCUUCACUACACCAGUAGUUACUGUCACCUUCACUACACCAGUAGUUACUGUCACCUUCACUACACCAGUAGUUACUGCCACCUUCACUACACCAGUAGUUACUGCCACCUUCACUACACCAGUAGUUACUGUCACCUUCACUACACCAGUAGUUACUGCCGCCUUCACUACACCAGUAGUUACUGCCGCCUUCACUACACCAGUAGUUACUGCCGCCUUCACUACACCAGUAGUUACUGCCACCUUCACUACACCAGUAGUUACUGCUGCCUUCACUACACCAGUAGUUACUGUCACCUUCACUACACCAGUAGUUACUGCCACCUUCACUACACCAGUAGUUACUGUCACCUUCACUACACCAGUAGUUACUGCCACCUUCACUACACCAGUAGUUACUGUCACCUUCACUACACCAGUAGUUACUGUCACCUUCACUACACCAGUAGUUACUGCUGCCUUCACUACACCAGUAGUUACUGCCACCUGCACACUAACAACACUGGCAACAGUUAACUCAGCUCCGGCUAUAGUCAUCUUUCUUCGUCUAGAAAAAGCUUUCGACCUUGCAAGCCUGCAAGCCUGCAAGCCUGCAAGCCUGCAAGCAGUGUUGCAGACGCUAAUGACCGGCGUGGGAGGACGACAGAGAGCGUGGGUUUAG